UCUAGGGCUUUAGAAAUCAUCCAUCCAUGGCGGCCAUGGCGAUCGCCGCUCCGCCCACCACCGCGAUGGCCAAGGGCGGCCCCUCCACAUUCGCGGCGCCCAAGAGGAAGCUGAGCGCCAAGGAGCUCUCCCGGACCAUCUUCCGCCGCAAGCCCAUGGAGCAGAUCUACGCGAUUCGGGUGGAGCGCGGUGUGAGCGAGCGGCGGCUCGAGGAGCUGGGCGUGGCGGAUUGGUCGCGCUGGAAAUCGGGCGAGUGCGGCUAUCUCUGGGAUUGGAUCGUGGACGAGUGGGUCUACAUUGUGAGCGGCAGCCUGCUCGUCCACCCCGUCAACAGCGAUCUCAGCGGCGAGUACUUCGCGGGCGAUCUGGUGAGGUUUCCCAAGUGGUUUGACGCGCAGCUCUUCUUCCGGGGGGAUUACGAGCAGCGCUACCGGUUCGUGGCCUAUGGCGACAACGAGCUGGACUGACGGAUAUUCGCUGUAAUCUUUCAAGAGCCCUAAUCUUAACUCCCGCCGUCUAGUGUUUAAGUUUAAAAAA